CACACACCCACAAACACACUCCCCGGCCGUAGCGGAGUCCUCGGCCGCCGGACACACACUCUCACUGGUUCGGGGAGGAUGUAAAAGUUAGACCCGCACUGGAAGUCGAGCAGAAAGUCGUGUCCAGUGGCGCGGUAAAGAUGGCGCGGCUUUGGCUGAACUUGUGUCUUGUUCUCGUGCUCCUAAUGAUAACGAUGCCGGAGCAGCCCACAGCUGCACGCGCGGCAGCGCUCGGUGGCGAAGAAGAAGAGGAAGAAACGCUGGAGGCGGAGAGAUCCUGUCACGGAGCCUUCGACUUGUACUUUGUUCUUGACAAGUCGGGGAGUGUGAAGUACCACUGGCAUGAGAUCUACACAUUUGUGGAGCACCUGGCCAACAAGUUCAUCAGCCCCAUGUUGCGCAUGUCCUUUAUCGUCUUCUCCACUCAAGGAAACACUAUCAUGAGCCUCACGGAUAACCGUGAUGACAUCACCAAAGGUCUCGAUGCCCUGAGGAGAGUUGUGCCCGGAGGAGACACCUUCAUGAACCUGGGACUCAGGAAGGCCAAUGAACAGAUCUACCAUGGCAACUAUGGGACUGCCAGUGUACUCAUUGCUCUGACUGAUGGAGAACUAAACCAGCACCAGUUCAUCACGGCACAACAAGAGGCUGACAGAGCAAGGUCGUUGGGAGCCAUUGUCUACUGUGUAGGAGUGAAAGACUUCAACCAAACACAGCUGGCCUUCAUCGCAGACACUAAAGAGCAUGUGUUCCCAGUGCUGGGAGGGUUCCAGGCCCUCCAAGGAAUGAUUGAUUCGAUCAUCGACAAAUCCUGUAUUGAGAUCUUGGCAGCUGAACCCUCCAGUGUGUGUGCAGGAGAGUCCUUCCAGGUGGUCGUCAGGGGUAACGGCUUCCUGAAGGCGCGUCAGCUGGACCAAGUCCUGUGCAGUUUCAAGCUCAAUGAUUCCGUCACGCUCGAUGAGAAGCCGGUUAGUGUUGAAGACAAUCUCCUGCUCUGCCCUGCUCCAGUCAUCGAUGAGGUUGGCCAGGUGAUAUAUCUACAGGUCAGCAUGAAUGAGGGCAUCUCCUACAUCACCAGUUCUGUGCAUAUCACCACAACAGAAUGUUUUGACGGCACCAUCCUCCUGAUAUCACUGCUGGUGUUGUCUCUACUGCUGGCCCUGCUGUUCAUGUGGUGGUUCUGGCCUCUCUGCUGCACCCUGGUCAUCAAAGAACCACCUCCACCACCUCCACCUGAGCCUGAGUCUGAUGAUGAGGAUGGUAUGCCAAAGAAAAAGUGGCCCACAGUGGAUGCAUCUUACUAUGGAGGGAGGGGAGUAGGAGGCAUCAAACGUAUGGAGGUGCGUUGGGGAGACAAGGGCUCUACAGAGGAAGGGGCUAAGUUAGAGAAGCCAGCUAACGCCGUCGUGAAGCUUCCGGAACAUGAGUUUGAACCUUACGAACCUCGGGCUCCACGCAAACACAGAUCACGACCCAUACGUCAGAACCACUGGUACUCCCCCAUACAGGGGAAGUUAGAUGCCUUGUGGGCUCUGUUCCGUCGUGGAUAUGACCAGGUGUCACUUAUGAGACCCCAACCAGGAGAUCAGGGGCGCUGUAUAAACUUCACACGUGUGAAACAGGAAGCAGCUCAGUCCUCUAUUUCUCGAAGCUCCGCCCCGCCAACUGAGGCGCCUCCUCCUGAACAGCUCCCCCUUGUGGCUCCGCCUCCACCUCCACACCAACGAGUGACGACCCCCCCACCUCAGUGCCAACCGCCACGAGUGACGACCCCCCCACCUCAGUGCCAACCGCCACGAGUGACGACCCCCCCUCCUCAGUGCCAGCCCCCACGAGUGACGACGUCGACCCCCCCACGACACACACCUCCGUCCCUCCCAAACCGCCGCCCCCCAGCCGGACCGCCCCCCUCACGACCUCCCCCUGGACCACCGCCCUCUCGCCCCCCUCCCUGCCUCGAGAUGCUGUAGUCAUGGCAACCAGCCCUUCAGCAUCCCUCCUGGUGCGGGGCAGAGCACCAGUGUGUGUAUGUAUGUGUGUGUGUGUGUAUGUAUGUGUACUGUAUGUGUAUGUGAGAAAAGUUGUGCAUGUAAAAAAUGAAUAUAUUAGCUUGCUGGCGAUGCACGUUCCCUACAUGCUUGUAUGUAAUGACUGAAUGCUGAUUAGGUGGUGGUCUUAGUGGCAGUAACUUAGCAACUCAGUUGGCUGAUAAUGGGAAAUUGCAUUGCAGCUAACAAAGUUGCUAACUUAGUUAGCAACUAUGGUUUUGGGAAACGCGUCCCAGCAGGGCUGAUUUGGUGGUCUUAGGGGCAGUAGCUACUAGCUACUAGUCAGUAGGGCUGAUUAGGUGGUGGUCUAUAGGGGCAGUAGCUACUAGUCAGUAGGGUCUAAGGGGCGGUAGCUACUAGUCAGUAGGGUCUAAGGGGCGGUAGCUACUAGUCAGUAGGGUCUUAGGGGCGGUAGCUACUAGCUACUAGGGCUGAUUAGGUGGUGGUCUUAGGGGCGUUAGCUACUAGCUACUAGGGCUGAUUAGGUGGUGGUCUUAGCGGUAGCUACUAGUCAGUAGGGGCAGGAGAAGAACGAGACAAAGCAAGUGAAGUGAUGAAGAAAGAGAGAUAGAAAGAAAAGGGGAGCAUGAAAUAGGCCUACAGACAGACAGACAGACAGAAGGAAAGAAAGAAAGAAAGAAGGAAGUAAGAAAGAAAUAGCAAGAAAGAAAGACAGAAAAUAAUAGGCUAGUGUAAACUGCAGGUCAGUUCUUGUAAUUUAUUGUUGUUUUGAAAACAGUGUCUGCCUAUGGACCUUUCUCUCUCUCUCUCUCACACACACACACACACACACACACACUCAUUAGGGGCUCCUCUUUAUACACUGAUACAUGGGAGUGUUGUUGACUGUGUGUAUGUGUGUUUUCUUUCAAGCCUGUAUCUACUACCUGCUGUUUUAGUGACAUCAGGCCUUCAGCUGAAGCUGUGUGUGUGUGUGUGUUUGUGUGUGUGAGAGAGAGAGAGAGAUGCACAACAGGUGUGUUCUGUUACUGUGCCACACUGAAGCCCUGUCUGUCUAAGUGUGUGUGUGUGUGUGUGUGUGUGUGUGUGUGUGUGUGUGUGUGUAUGUGGUUCCAUUACUGUUCUUUUGUAUACUUUGGUGUUGAAUAGAAUUUCCCGACGGUGUUUUUAUUGCUUUUGCUAAUAAAACUAACAAAUGCUAGUGUCUUCA